GAAUACCCCCCGUCAGAGGCCAUACACUGAGUGAGUGCUGAGAGAGAUGGGGCACGCACAGAGGAAUUGGUGACCCAACAAACCUCUUGGCAAACUACCACCAUUGGCCAUCAAGCGAGUCAGCUUGAACGAACAACCUUCUGGAGUUUCUGGUUCGCCCCAGGAAGCGUAAAAAACCUAUACCGAACGGCUUGUUUAAAAACUAUAACGGUUACCGUUUUCGUAUACAACAGAGUUGCAGUUUUUUUUGUUACUCGGCCAGCAGUCUGUUAUUGGAAAUGUUCGGUGCGCACCUAGCCGAUACGCUGAAUCGGCAUAAAGUUAGUUGGCACAGUUAGCCAAGGGCAGAAAUGCUGACCCCCAUGUGAUUAGGCAUAUUAGAAAACAACGUAAUAGUCAAUGGCCUCAUAAACUCUCAGGUUCUUGAAGGAACACACUCAUUACUCAGGAUCAAUUCAGUUAAUAAGUUCUGCAGGUUAAUCAUAAGUUCAAGCGUUGUCGUGCCGCCAUGUCGGCAGCAGCUCAAUUUGGAUGACGUGAAAUCGGAACGACUUUUCUGUGCGACCAUAUCCUCAGACCGAGAAAUAGCGACAGCAAAUACAGAACAACAAGUGCCGAUCAUAAUAGUGAAGUUUACACAUAACCCAGCCUUUAAGUGAGAGUAAAAAUUUCAAGGACUUGUUCCUCUUGCUUAAUGGUACGAUGUCUGCGAAGAUUACAACAUUCGGGCCCCUUUGGGACCUCAGGGUAACUUUCCUACUCCUAUUCGGUUUCAGUGACGUGGUACAGACUUUGCGACUUCACCGCCUUGAUAUCCCACGGACUGCGUAUGUCGGCGACUCAUUGUGGCUCAAUUGCUCGUACGACCUCGAGUCAGACGAUUUCUACGCAGUAAAAUGGUACUUCAACAAUACCGAGUUCUACAGUUAUUCGAAUAACAAGCCGGACUUCUUCGAACCGCCGGGCAUUCAUAUAGACCAACACAUUUCCCUCGAGGGCAACGUAUUCCUGCAGAGCGUGAGCCUUCAAGCAGAAGGUGUGUACAAGUGUGAGGUGACGGCAGGGCGACCAACGUUUCAGACUGUUGCCCAGGAGCAAUUCCUCGAAGUUUACAUGAUGCCAACAACUCCGCCAGCGAUUAAGGAAUCGACCAAAGAGGGAUUAAUAACGUACGCACUCGGCGACGUCAUCAAUGUUAACUGCACGUCGCCACUGUCGAAGCCUGCCACGAGGCUAAAUUGGCGGAUCAACGAUAAACCGGUCCCAGCAUCAGCCCUAAUACCAUACGCGCCACUGCCUGGCUCCAGUGGGCUGCAGUAUUCGCACUUAGGUUUGCGCAUUAAACUCGAACCGCCCAUUGUAAAUAGCGGUGACUCCUAUCUGCGAUUAGCUUGCGACGGAGAGGUUCGACGUGAGAGACAGAUAGAACGACAGGUCAAAGUAAUAUCGCCUCGGGGAACCAGUCCAGCUGACUCUAAUCCGAAAAUCGCGUAUGUCAAGCAACAGGACAUGUUAAACGCGACGUGCACCGUUCGUGAUACAAACGAAGCUAGCCACGUUACGUGGAUAUUAAACGGACGCAAACUGGACUCCGACUCUGCAAAGCUGGUCACGUUCAUGCGAACACGGCCUUCGUUAAGCAUCCAAUCGGAGCUCAGCGUCCAGCUCUCACGCGCUGAUCGCGAACGGCCCCUGCUUCGCUGUGUGGCUAUUCAGGCCUACACACUAUGGAAUGGAACGAACGUUCGCGAGCGCAAAAUACAUACGCGAAGUGCAGGAUUUUUCUACAUAAAUGGCGCCACACAACGGGCAAGCCCCUUAAUCUCAAUGGCCGCAUUGAUGACGCUGAUUCAAGCCGGAGUCGAUCUGCUGACACAAACAAGCCUUCUACAAGAAGUGUAGGCAACAUCAAUAGCAGCAGGAGCAAUGAACCUCAAACAAGAACAGAACAUCAAUUGUCUACAUAAUUAACGAUCUAGCGAGAUUUUUCUAGAGAACAAAUAGAUCAUGGAGUAAAAAUAUAGAGUAAAUAUAAGCUAUGAUAAAUGGUAUAUUGAUGUCGAA